UAGGUGGUAGCUCUGCACCAGGAUAUCCUCCUCCCAGGUCGUCGAAACAACAAACCGAACUACGGAGCAAGCGGGGUGAGAGAACGUCCGAAACCGCCUCUGACCGCGACUUUUAAACUCUUUUUACAGAAUUGUGGCGGAAUUCAGACGGAGGCUGUAUACGAGUAGUAAAAGUUACGAUUGUACCGGGACUACAUUUCACAACAAGGUCACAUGCAACGUCUCCUGCCUUGUAUUUUGUGAGGAUUAUAAGCCAGUCGUAAGUUAAAGUUAUCCAGAAGAUGUUGCAACAAUGAUAGCACCAGAAAUACCAUCAGAGUUCGCCUAUACUCAGGAUACAGACACUCGAUUCUCCUCAGACACAGACUUCUCUGAGGAUCCUGAUGGAAGGAGUGCAAAUUCAGCUAAAGGAAAGGGUGGAAAGAAGGGGAAGAAGGCAGCAGGGGAGAAAGGAAAAGGAGGGAAGGGAGCAGGCCGUAUAAAUGGCCACCACCAAGAGAAUGGCAUGGAAAACAUGAUGCUGUUUGAGGUUGUGAAGCUGGGAAGGAGUGCAAUGCAGUCUGUUGUUGAUGACUGGAUUGAAUCUUACAAACAUGACAGAGAUGUUGCACUGUUGGAUCUCAUCAAUUUCUUCAUCCAGUGCUCAGGAUGCAAAGGUGUGGUUUCUGGAGAAAUGUUUCGCAACAUGCAGAACUCUGAGAUCAUCCGACGGAUGACAGAGGAAUUUGAUGAGGACAGCGGUGACUACCCUCUAACCAUAGCCGGGCCCCAGUGGAAGAAGUUCAAAACAAGCUUUUGUGAAUUCAUUUCGGUGCUAGUGCGCCAGUGUCAGUACAGUAUCAUCUAUGAUGAGUAUAUGAUGGACACAGUCAUCUCCCUUCUCACCGGACUAUCGGAUUCCCAAGUCCGAGCCUUCAGACACACCUCAACACUGGCAGCCAUGAAGCUGAUGACAGCCCUGGUGAAUGUAGCUCUAAACUUGAGCAUCAACAUGGACAACACCCAGCGCCAGUAUGAGGCAGAGAGAAAUAAAAUGGUCGCUAAAAGGGCAAAUGACAGGCUGGAGCUGCUGUUGCAAAAACGUAAAGAGCUCCAGGAAAAUCAGGACGAGAUUGAAAACAUGAUGAAUGCAAUAUUCAAAGGAGUGUUCGUGCACAGAUAUCGGGAUUCAAUAGCAGAAAUCAGGGCGAUCUGUAUAGAAGAGAUUGGAGUGUGGAUGAAACUCUAUAGUGAUGCCUUCCUCAACGACAGCUAUCUGAAGUAUGUGGGAUGGACGAUGCACGAUAAGCAAGGCGAAGUACGUCUAAAGUGUCUCACAGCACUGCAGGGCCUCUAUCACAACAGAGAACUCAAUGCCAGACUGGAGCUCUUCACCAGUCGCUUUAAGGACCGCAUCGUCUCUAUGACUCUUGACAAAGAAUAUGAUGUAGCAGUACAAGCUAUUAAGCUACUUACUCUUGUCUUGAAUAGUACAGAUGAGGUGUUGACUCCUGAGGACUGUGAGAGUGUCUAUCACUUGGUGUACUCGGCACACAGGCCGGUCGCAGUUGCAGCUGGAGAAUUCCUUUUUAAGAAAUUGUUCAGCCACCGAGAACCGGAAGAUGAAGGUGCCCCCAAAAGGAGAGGCAGACAAAGUCCCAAUGCCAACCUCAUUAAGACCACUGUCUUUUUCUUCCUGGAGAGUGAGCUCCACGAGCAUGCAGCUUACCUAGUGGACUCACUCUGGGAAUGUGGUGCAGAGCUACUGAAAGACUGGGAGUGUAUGAUCAGCUUACUGCUAGAUGACCCAUUGCCAGGAGAGGAAGCUCUUACAGACAGACAAGAGACGGCUUUGAUUGAAAUCAUGCUGUGCACUGUACGCCAGGCUGCUGAGUGCCACCCACCUGUUGGAAGAGGAACAGGGAAGAGGGUGAUGACGGCUAAAGAGAAGAAGACUCAGCUGGAUGACAGAACCAGAAUAACAGAGCUGUUUGCUGUGGCUUUGCCCCCUCUACUGGCAAAGUAUGCCGUGGAUGCAGAGAAGGUGACUAACUUGUUGCAGCUUCCGCAAUUCUUUGACUUGGAAAUUUAUACCACAGGGCGUCUGGAGAAGCACCUGGAAUCCCUGCUGCGUCAGAUCAAAGAAAUUGUGGAGAAGCACACAGACACUGAGGUUUUAGAGUCCUGCUCUAAGACUUACCACGCCCUCUGCAAUGAGGAAUUCACAAUCUUUAACAGGGUGGACAUAGCCCGCUCCCAGCUGCUGGAUGAGCUGGUGGACAAAUUUAAUAGGCUAUUGGAGGACUUUUUACAAGAGGGUGAAGAUGCUGAUGAAGAUGAUGCUUAUCAGGUUUUGUCAACUCUAAAGAGGAUCACAGCUUUUCACAAUGCACAUGACCUCUCGGGAUGGGACCUUUUUACCAGCAACUUCAAGCUGCUCAAUACUGGCAUAGAGAACGGGGACAUGCCUGAGCAGAUAGUCAUCCAUUCACUGCAAUGUACCCACUACGUGAUACUGUGGCACCUGGCCAAGUUAUCUGAGGGCAGCUCCAGAAAGGAUGAUCUGGUGACCCUGAGGAAGCAGAUGAGGGCAUUCUGUAUGAUGUGUCAGCGCUACCUCACCAACGUUAACACAGCUGUCAAAGAGCAGGCGUUCACCAUCCUCUGUGAUCUCCUGCUCAUCUUUAGCCACCAGAUGGUGUCCGGAGGCAGAGAACACCUGGAGCCCCUGGUCUAUUCUCCAGAGGACUCACUGCAGUCUGAACUGCUCUCGUUCAUCAUGAACCAUGUUUUUAUAGACCAGGAUGAUGACACAAAUAGCACAGAUGGGCAACAGGACGACGAGGCAGUAAAGAUCGAAGCUCUGCACAAGAGAAGAAACCUCCUGGCUGCCUAUUGUAAACUCAUUAUCUACUGUGUGGUAGAAAUGAGGACUGGAGCUGAUAUCUUUAAACAGUACAUGAGGUAUUACAAUGAUUAUGGUGAUAUCAUCAAGGAGACUAUGAGUAAGACUCGGCAAAUUGAUAAGAUUCAGUGUGCCAAGACGCUCAUCCUCAGUUUGCAGCAGUUAUUUAUUGAAAUGGUGACUGAACUGGGUCAUGGCUUUGAUCGCUCCUCCUCGGCAUUCUGUGGAAUCAAGGAGUUGGCACGUCGUUUUUCUCUAACUUUUGGUCUCGAUCAAGUCAAAACCAGAGAUGCCAUUGCCAUGCUGCACAAGGAUGGUAUUGAGUUUGCAUUUAAGGAGCCUAGUCCCCAAGGAGAAGGAGGCCCCCCACGCAACCUGGCUUUCUUGGACAUCCUCAGCGAGUUCUCCUCCAAGCUUAUGAGACAAGACAAGAGGACUGUUCACAUGUACCUGGAGCGAUUCAUGACGUUCCAGAUGGCGCUGCAGCGAGAGGACUGCUGGCUUCCUCUCAUCUCCUACAGGAAUUCCCUACAGGCUGGGGGCGAUGAUGAUACCAUGUCUGUGAUGAGUGGCUACUCCAGCAGAGGUUCUUCCGUUCGCUCCAAGAAGACUAAGCCUCCUGUUGUUACAGCUGGACCUUCAGCAGCCAAGAGGAAGUUGCCAGAAGAGGAGAGCAGCAGCAGCAGCGAAGUCUGGCAGCAGAGCAUGCAGACUCCAGUCAUGAUGCCAUCUCCCCAUCUCACCUCCACUGCCAUGCGGGACCCUAAGAGGGCGCGUGAUGACAGCUUCAUGGGGGUCUACCCCCUCCCUCACGACCAGCAGCAACCCCACCAACACCCGCAGCACCAUCAACCGACGCCCCAGCACCACCAGGCAUCCAUGGAUUACAAUUCCCAGGUGACGUGGAUGCUGGCUCAAAGACAGCAAGAGGAGGCACGCCAGCAAGAAAGAGCCAUGAAUUAUGCCAAGCUCAGGACCAAUCUGCAGCAUGCUAUCAGUCGUCGCGGCACUGGGCUCAUGGAAGAAGACGAAGAGCCGAUUGUGGAGGAUGUGAUGAUGUCAUCAGAAGGCCGUAUGGAUGACCUCAAUGAAGGCAUGGACUUUGACACCAUGGACAUUGAUCUGCCACCCUCCAAGAACCGCCGUGAGAGGUCUGAGCUCAAGCCCGAUUACUUUGACCCUUCUAUCAUGGAUGAAUCGAUGCUUGGGGUGUCCAUGUUUUAAGCUAAUAUCCAGAUGAUUUUGACGCUGGGAUGAGAGAAGAGGCGCUUUGUAUUUAAAGAGAAUUUUAGAAGCGAAAACAGAAGUGUUUUCUGUAAGAAAAGGCAAAAAUG